AUGAUAUAUGAGAAUAACAGAGGCUUCUUUCCUAUCAUCAAAGAUAUAAAUAUUCAAGUUAUUUUUAAGGUUUGCAUCGUGGGUGCUGGACCCGUUGGUCUUCGUCUUGCUAUUGAAUGUGCAUUACUUGGUGCACGAUGUGUAGUCGUCGAAAAACGCGACAGAUUUUCUCGUCAUAAUGUUUUGCAUUUAUGGCCAUAUGUUAUCACUGAUUUAAAGAACCUUGGUGCCAAAGUUUUUUAUGGAAAAUUUGCUACCGGACAAAUCGAACACAUCAGCAUUCGUCAAUUGCAAUGUAUUCUGCUGAAGAUUGCUCUUCUAGUUGGCGUUGAAAUCUAUCAAAAUGUAACAUUCAUCGAUGUUAUUGAACCGCUCACUUCGACUCAAGGUUGGCGAGCGCAAUUUGAACCUGCAAUACAUCCGGUUGUUUCAACUUACGAAUUUAAUGUCUUGAUUGGCGCUGAUGGUCGUCGUAAUUCAUUACACGGUUUUCAACAUAAGGAAUUUCGCGGUAAAUUAGCAAUUGGUAUCACAUGUAAUUUCGUCAAUCAUCACACACGCGAAGAACAAAAUUUCGAAGAAAUUAGUGGUGUAGCCAAAAUAUAUAAUCCUCAAUUUUUCAAUGAUUUGCAACAACAAGCGUCGAUCGAUUUAGAAAACAUUGUAUACUAUAAAAAUGAAACACAUUAUUUUGUUAUGACAGCAAAAAAACAAUCUUUACUUGAUAAAAAUGUCAUUUUACAAGAUUAUCCUGAUGCGGCGAGGUUGUUAGCGAGAGAUAAUGUUAACUUUCCACAAUUAUGUAAUUUCGCUUGCGAAGCAGCACAAUUUGCUACAAAGUCAUCACCACAGUUUACCUUUGAAUUUGCUGAAAAUCAUUAUGGCACAGCCGAUGUUCAAAUGUUUGAUUUUACGUCAUUAUUUCAUGCUGUUAAUGCUUCGCGCAUCGUUGAACGGAAUGGUAAACAAUUAUUUAUGGGCCUUGUGGGUGACAGUUUACUUGAAAGUUUCUGGCCAACUGGUUCUGGGGUUGGAUUAGGCUUUUUUGGUCUAUUUGAUACAGCCUGGGCGAUUUAUAGAUUUGCUAAACGUGAACAUCCACUUAAAGUUCUCGUUGAACGCGAAAGUAUUUACAUGCUAUUAUCUCAAAGUACACCAGAGAACACCAAAAGUAAUCAUCAACUGUAUAGCAUUAAUCCAGCAACACGCUAUCAAAACUUAAAUUCGAGAAGUUGCACAAUUGAUGAGAUUCGUCAUCUGUACGACUCAGAUAGUAUACCAACGAUCGACAUGAAUAAUAAUCAUGUAACAUCAGCCAAAACUCAUCGUACACCUGUGCGUCGGUCACAAAGUUCGAAGCAGAUACCGGUCACUUUACCGACCAACGAAUCAACUGAUAAAGAAUCAACACUGAUCGACUGGUGUGAAGAGAUUGUCGAUUCGUACGCUAUGGAAAUCAAAAAUGAUUCCAAAGCGUUUCAAAACAGUUUAGCAUUUUGUGCGAUUGUACAUUAUUACCGACCUGAUUUAAUUGAUUUCAAAUCGCUUCAACCCGAUCGACCAAUUAGUAACUUUCAAAUUUUGUUCGAUAUCAUGCAUGAUCAAUUAUCCUUACCAAUUGAUCGAAAAUUACAAAACAGUCUCAUUCUAUCCAUGAAAAGUUCAAUCGGAGAACGCAUACAUCAGUCUGCUCUUGUUAUUCUUCAGUUAUUAUACAAGCAUUUUCAACAAGAUCAUCAAAAAUCUCGACAUCGUCGAUCGAAUACGAUACUGAUCGAACACAGCCCGCCAAUACUGCAGCCUGCUCAGAAGCCAAUCGAGCAAAGCAAUGAGAACAACAACAAUAAUCCGCCAAAGAAAGUCAGCGCACUUGUUGCUCAUUAUUCCAGCGGCGAAAUCUCCUCAACACACAAUCCGAAUUUUGCUCAUAUGCAAACGGAACGUCCGCCGACAUUUUGCUUUUACUGUAAAGAAAAAGUAUCCAUUCAAGAUUGGUUUGUUGUGGAGAAAAACGUUCUACAUGUGAAAUGUUUCAAAUGUGAAACGUGCCAUUUGCAAUUACGUAAAACCAAUUAUCAAAUAAAGUAA